AUGAUCAGCCCAGACCCCAGGCCCUCCCCUGGCUUGGCCCAGUGGGCUGAGAGCUAUGAGGCCAAGUGUGAGCGCCGGCAGGAGACCCGUGAAAGCCGCCGCUGUCGCCCCAACAUGACCACCUGCCGCCAGGUGGGGAAGGCACUGAGGAUCCAGCAGAGAGAGCAGCUCCAGAGAGCUCGACAGCAGCAGUUCUUCAGGAGAAGGAACCUGGAGCUGGAGGAGAAAGGCAAGGCAUGGCAUCCCCAGGCCAGGGAACAAGGUCUCUCCAGGAGGCCAGGCCAGGAGACUGUCCUCAAGGAGCCCUUGUCUUGUGCCAACAGGAUCUCUUCCCUUGGAUGGCAGGUGGCAGGGGCCAGAUCUGAGGUCUCUCCAACCCAGAAUCCUCCCUCAGGCAUCCAGAUGCACCUGGCUGACCACCUCUCCUCACAGGCUGGGGGCCCGCCACCACAGGACUCUCCCAUCAAGAAGCCACCCACACACCACCGUGGCACUCAGACAAAGACAGAAGAAACACAGCCAACAAUCAAGAACGAUGCCAGCCAACAAACCAAUUAUGGAGUUACAGUUCUGGAUAAGGAAAUAAUCCAGCUUUCCGAGUACCUUAAAGAGGCCCUACAAAGGGAACUUAUCCUAAAACAGAAGAUGGUGAUUCUCCAAGACCUGCUGUCCACCCUGAUACGGGCCUCUGACAGCUCUUGGAAGGGACAACUUAAUGAAGAUAAACUGAAGGGAAAACUGAGAUCCUUAGAAAACCAGCUGUACACCUGUACCCAGAAAUACUCCCCUUGGGGAAUGAAAAAGGUGCUACUGGAGAUGGAAGACCAGAAGAAUAAUUAUGAGCAGAAGGCCAAGGAGUCACUACAGAAGGUGCUGGAGGAGAAAAUGAGUGCAGAGCAGCAACUGCAGAGCACGCAGCGGUCCCUGGUCCUAGCAGAGCAGAAGUGUGAAGAGUGGAGGAGCCAGUACGAGGCUCUGAAGGAAGACUGGAGGACUCUAGGGACCCAGCACAGAGAGCUGGAGAGUCAACUCCAUGUGCUUCAGUCCAAACUGCAGGGAGCGGACAGCAGAGACUUACAGAUGAACCAGGCCCUGCGACUUUUGGAGAAUGAGCACCAGGAACUGCAGGCCAAGAUUGAACAACUACAAGGGGACAAAGACCUGUGCAGUUCAGAUACCCAGGACCUACAAGAUCAACUGAAGAGGUCAGAGGAGCAGAAACUCGCCCUGGUGGCCAAAGUACAGCAGUUGCACAGUCUGCUUCAGAAUCAAUCCUUACAACUUCAAGAACAGGAAAAACUCUUAACAAAGAAAGAUAAGGCUUUGCCUGUGUGGAGUCCAAAGCCCUCCCUUAAUGAAGAGGAGCCUGAGGGUACAGGGAAGGAGAAAGACUGGGAUCUCAGAGACCAGCUGCAAAAGAAGACUUUGCAGCUCCAGACCAAGGAAAAGGAGUGCAGAGAACUGCAUUCAGAGUUAGACAACCUCAGUGACGAGUAUCUCUCCUGCCUGCGUAAGCUGCAGCACUGUCGAGAAGAGCUGAAGCAGAGCCUACAGCCGCCUCCCAGAAGGCAAUGUGGCCGAUGGCUCCCGAUGCUGAUGGUGGUGAUUGCUACAGCACUGGCAGUGUUCCUGGCCAACAAAGACAACCUGAUGAUCUGA